UAGUUUUGCUUUCCCUGGCGUUCCUCAUGCCGGCCUUCUACUACAUCCCCAAAGCUUCUCUAGCUGCUGUUAUCAUCUGUGCAGUAGCUCCCAUGGUGGAUUACAGUGUUGUUGCAAAGAUGUGGAGGAUACGUAAGCUCGACCUGCUUCCCUUUGCUGUGACGUUCCUGAUGAGUUUCUGGCAGGUGCAGUACGGCAUCAUAGGGGGUGUAGCAGUGUCUGGAGCCCUGCUGCUCUACAGCAUGGCCAGACCCCAGAUAAAGGUAUUGUCUAGUCUUUACAGAAAUCUGUGCAAACAAGUAGUAUGAGUGUGAAACAGUUGAAGCAGCUCGUUGUUUUCUGUAAAGGCAAAGGUAU